GGCAUUAUUUGUCAUCCGUGGGGAAAACAAACCUCGGGUGAUCCCGUUAGUGCGUGAAGUCUCACCUGUCAGUGUCGUAAUGUAUAGAGUUAACGCUCCUUACUGGCACGUGAUGGUUGGCUGAGAACUAUUAACGUUACCAGCAGCCAUGCGGCCUCUUUAACGGGCGUUAGCAUCACCGCACGUUAUCUCAGCAGCUAACAGCUGUUUCACGCGUGCGAUCAUGUUGACACCUUUAACGACCGGAACUCGUUAUAUUAAAGCAUUCGUCAAAGCGUUUGGCCACACGAGCGCAGCCAGAUGCUCCUCAAACAGCUAUCGGCCCGAUUCUAUCCGAAGGUUUAUUUCGGAGAACACAGAGAUAGUCGGACAGCGGACUUUGACCCCAGAGUUCAAACUUAGGCUGUUCACCCCGAACUGCAGAUUCUGGACGGAAAAGCCCGAGCUGUGGCCCUUUGACGAUCCGUACUGGGCCAUAUACUGGCCAGGAGGACAAGCGCUCUCGAGGUACCUCCUGGAUAACCCCGCAGUGUGUCGGGGUAAGACGGUCCUGGACCUGGGGAGCGGCUGUGGAGCCGCAGCCAUCGCGGCAAGACUAUGUGGUGCUGCUCAUGUAGUUGCCAAUGACAUUGAUCUUGUUGCAGCCGUUGCGACCCACAUGAACUGCGAGCUGAACCUCCUGGAGCCGCCAGUUUGUCUAACUAACAACAUGAUUGACUCGCCACCAAAAGGCUUCGACCUGAUCCUCCUAGGCGACAUGUUUUACGACGAGGUGCUCGCCACCAGCCUUCACGGCUGGCUGGACAACUGCAUCAACCGCCACGGGACCAAAGUCCUGAUCGGAGAUCCUGGAAGAGCCCAGUUCGAGGAACACCGCAUUCGAAGACUCCUGCGGCAGCUGGCUCAGUUUGAGCUGCCCGAGUGCGUCAGAGAGGAGAACUAUGGUCUGACCUGCAGCAGUGUUUGGUGCUAUUGUCCUGAACUCUGAGGACAGCAGAGGAUCCUCACUGCUUCCUUGUUUGGAUGUGAAAAACAAAGACUGUGUGAGAUGUUAUGUGAUUACUUGUAUUGUGUGUGUGUGUGAUUUAAAUUAUCAUCUAGUAUCACUGGUUAUCUUACAGUCUCUCUCCUUAUUCUUAGACCCCCCCCCCCCAGCCUGGUACCUACUGAUCCAAAGACCCCACUUCCCAGAAUCCUCAGCGUAAUAUUUGGUGAAACAUGUCAAAGACAAUGGCAGAAAGUCAGUCUGAUCUUUUUGCUGCUUCUUUGCACUUCUUUGUUGACCUGAACCUUUUCUAAAACUACACUGCAGACGGGCUGAAUUCCUGAGGGACAGUUUGGAAAAGCGGGUAUCCGAGAAGCGGAUUUUCAGACCCUUUUAGAGAAACACGCCCAGCCGACCCGUGUAACACGAUGACACAUCAUUUAUGCCACUGAAAUUUACUUACAAAGUAUUUUAAGGUGCUUUACAGGGCCAUUGGCCAUAAACAACGCCACUGACCAUUAUAAAGCAAUUCAAUAAUGAAUUAAAAAUAAUUGUUAGCCCUUGAGAUCAGAGACGAUUAAACAUAUAUAAUUGGCUGUAGGCUAAAUUUAAUAUUUCAUGGUUCAAAGAACUUGCAUAUAAAAGCCACGUUGCCAUUCUUAGCACCAUCAUACAAUUUAGAAGAUAAAUCCCUGUUGCAUUAAGAGGUAAGAAAAUAUUGUGAUACCAUAACUGUGUUGUUUUCAACUAGUACAAAAAAACGUAGUGCAUUAUAGUCUUAAUUUGCUCCAUACUGCGUACACUGGUAUAACUUGAGCUGAAGACAGCUAUUUCUAUGAUUUUUUUUUUUUUUUUACGUACUUAUGUAUUCAUUUUCAAUACACACCCAUGACUCUCUUUUGUA